GCAGUCGGCAGUAGCGCCUGGUGGCCGGUGCGGAGCGGCGGGCCGCUCUCGGAGACACCACCGAGCGAGGAUGGUCGGUGACGGCGCCGGCGCGCGGGCGCUGCUCGUGGCCUCUGCCAUGCUGCUGAGCCUCACCGGCCGGCCCACCGACGGAUGUCAACGGCAAACCGGUGACUGGACGGAGAGCGAGCUGGUCUGGCCUCAGAAGCUGCCUCUCUCCUCCGUCUCCGACCUCGACUCCAACACGGUCGACACCGGUCCGCCGCCGGGCUCCACACGGAACCUGCACUACCGGCUGCGCGCGUUCGGCCGCGAGCUGCAGCUGCGCCUGUGGCCCGACCAUGGCGAGAUGGUGGUGCCGCAGCUGCGCGUACAGGCCGAGCACCGCAACUUCAGCGAGAUCCACGGCUUGGGCGCUGACACCAGGCGCUGCUUCUACGUGGGCGUGGUGCGGGACGAUCCCGGCUCCCACGUGGCCCUCAGCCUCUGCAAGGGAAUGACGGGUCAUAUCCGGACCUCUGAAGGCAGCUACCUGAUCUGGCCGUCGGAGGAAGCGCCUCAGAGCACUACCGGCGCCCACCACCUGCAGCGGUACCCGACGGCGCCGCUGGGCUCAGCCCAGGAUGACGACUUCAGGCGCAGUCGCCGCUCCACCAGCGAGCCCUAUUACGUUGAGGUGAUGGUGGCGGCCGACUCCAAGAUGGCCAAAUACCACGGCAGUCAGCUGAAACAAUACAUCCUGGCGCUCAUGUCUACAGUAUCUCGUAUAUACAAGGAUCCCAGCAUUGGCAACUCUAUAACAAUAUCCGUGGUUCGCAUUGUUCUCAUCGACGAAGACGUGCUAGACGCCAACAAGCAGGCCUCAUGGAAGAACGGCAAGUCGGCGUCAGCAGUUUUGCACAGGUUCUGUAAGUGGCAGCAGACCUUGAAUGACCCUGAUGUCAACAGUCAAGCUCAUUUCGACACGGCGGUCCUUCUAACAAGGGAGAACAUUUGCCGUAACUCGCUGCAGUGCGACACACUGGGUUUGGCCGAACUGGGCACUAUGUGUGACCCACGCUCCUCGUGCUCGAUCGUCCAGGACAACGGACUCAGUGCCGCCUUCACCGUGGCCCACGAGCUCGGACACGUACUGAACAUUCCUCAUGACGACGACGUCAAGUGUAAGCCGCACAUGGGACAGAACAAGACCGAGUACGCCAUGUCACGGAUGCUUAAUCACGAUACCCACCCCUGGGCGUGGUCCAACUGCAGUCGACACUUCUUCACUGAGUACCUCCAAGGAGACCACGGGCGCUGUCUGAAGAACAAGCCGUCGGCCUCUGUGAGCGCGGCGAUCGGAGAGCUGCGCCAGAGGGCUGCGGAGGAGGUGACCCAGGUAGUACGACACCCCGGUGAAACGUACAACGCCAGCCAGCAGUGUCAGUUCCUGUUCGGUACAUCCGACAAACACUUCAAAGUCUGCCCGUACAUGCCGGUGUGUAAGCGACUCUGGUGCACCACGGGCGCCGAGGAGGACGGCUGUCGCACGCAGCACAUGCCCUGGGCAGACAGGACGUCCUGCGCCCCCCGAAAGUGGUGUCUCAAAGGAGAGUGUGUCCCCAGAGAGAGCCGACCGGCCGUCCACGGAGGAUGGGGGCAAUGGUCACCCUGGGGAAGCUGCUCGCGGAGUUGCGGCGGCGGCAUCCGACGCUCCCGACGGGAGUGCAACUACCCCACACCCUCGAACGGGGGCGACUACUGCCUGGGCCAGCGGGUCAGGUACGAAUCUUGCAAUCGUCAGGACUGCCCGCCCCACGACGUCGACUUCCGAGAGGCUCAGUGCACCAGCUUCAACGGCAACAACUUCAACAUCAAGGGACUGCCGGCCACCGUCCAGUGGGUGCCGAAAUACACCGGCAUUAAAUCUCAGGACCGCUGUAAGCUGUUCUGUCGGGUGUCCGACUCCAGUGCCUACUACCUCCUCAAAGAGCGCGUGGAAGACGGCACACCGUGUACUCCCGACACAGACGACAUGUGCGUCAAUGGAGUCUGCAUGCCGGCCGGAUGUGAUCACGUGCUCGCCUCCAGCGUCCGCUCUGACCUGUGCGGUGUGUGUGGCGGCGACAACUCGACCUGCCGAGUGGUACGACAGCAGUUCGACAGCUCCUCCCGGCACGUGGUGUACGGCUACAAUUUGGUGGCCACGAUCCCCGCCGGCGCCACCCGUUUGGUGGUGGAGCAGAGCAGUCACGAUCACACCAGCAAGGAUGACAACUACCUCGCGCUGCGGUCUCCGUCCAGCGGCCUGUACAUCCUGAACGGCAACUUCGUGGUCAGCAUGUUCCAGAAGGUGUUCCAGUUCGGCGGCGCGCUGGUGGAGUACUCUGGCUCGGACUCUGUCACGGAGAAAAUCAACUGCACCAAACGGCUGGAGGAGAACCUGGAAAUAUACGUGUUAUCCGUGGGGAGCCUGCACCCUCCUAACAUCGAUUACGAAUACGUGGUCUCGCUCCAACCGACUUCCGACACGUACCGCUGGCAAAUGACCGAGAACUGGAGCGAAUGUGACCGAAUCUGUCAAGGCUCCCAGUACCUGGUCCCCGAGUGUGUGCGCAGCUCCGACCUGGCUCAGGUGUCCGAGGAGCGGUGUCCGGUCAGGACCCGGCCGGCCAGCCAGGACCGACGCUGCAACACCGAAUGUCAACUCAAAUGGGGUAUCACCCACCAGUCCGAGUGCUCGGCUGAGUGCGGCGACGGGGUGCGCAAGAACGCCGUCCGCUGUUUCCAGAAGUUCCGCCACGUGCGGCUGGGCGUCCGACCGGUGGCGGACGACCACUGCGGCCACCUGUCCGACCGACCGCCCCACACCGAGUCCUGCCGCGGGCCGUGCCUGCACGUGCGCUGGGCCUUCGGAGACUGGUCGCAGUGCUCGUUGCCUUGCGGAGGCGGCACGCAGGAGCGAACAGCCAAGUGCACCGGCAGGGACGGCCAGGAGGUGGGCGCCCGGUUCUGUAACCAGAGCAACCCGCACGUGCAGCAGUCGUGUAACACCCAGCCGUGUCCCCAGUGGCGGACUGGAAACUGGGCAGAGUGUUCUAGUACGUGCGGCGAGGGGCGGCGACAGCGGCCCGUGUGGUGUAGCCAACAGGACAAGGCCGUACCUGAGUCGCACUGCGACCUCACACAGAUGCCGUCCAAGGAGGAGAAAUGCCACAGCAAGCCGUGUCCGGAGUGGAGCAAAGGCGACUGGGGAGAGUGUUCUGUGAGCUGCGGUGCCGGCAUCAUGGUCCGUCAGGUGACGUGUAUGUCGUCCGAGAACGUCUCACUGAACGACAGCGAGUGUGGGGAGUCCCGGCCGGCGCUCAGCAGACGCUGCAUGAGACCGCCCUGUCCGACAAUACCAGCGACACCGACAGAGCCCGUGACGACCGAGCUGCCCCCGUCCCCGCGGCCCCGGCUGAGGUCCAAGAGCCGCCGCCGCCGCCGCCGCCGCCGCCGGCGCAGGCUCUGGCUAACGGGCCAGUGGUCCAAGUGUUCGCGGUCGUGCGGUGACGGCCUCCAGACCCGCUCUGUCACCUGCGUGGACCGCCGCUCCAAGAGGCGGCUGCACCGACGGGCGUGCCGCCGACAGAGGGAGCCGGCCAGCUCCCAGUCCUGCCGCGGCUCACGCUGUGGGGAGUGGAAAACGUCCGAGUGGACGCGCUGCUCGUCCUCCUGUGGAAAGGGCAUCCAGCGCCGCGAGGUCACCUGUAUCUCUCCGAACGCCAUUGCUCCCCUGCCGUCGGACCAGUGUGACCCGGGCUCCAAGCCGGUCCCGCAGCAGUCGUGUCGAAGUCACGCGCGGUGUCCGUCCGACGAGCCGCAGAAGAGACAGUGGAUCCGUGGCGCCUGGGGUCCGUGCUCCCGCAGCUGUGGCGGCGGUGUCCGGAGGCGGACGGUACUCUGUCUGGAUAGCAGCUCCAAGACGGGCGCACUGUGUGACUCCCGGGGCCGGCCCAACCGGACCGAGGCGUGUAACGAACAGCCCUGUCCCGGCUGGCACGCCGGCCACUGGGGACAGUGCAGUGUCAGCUGCGGCUCGGGCACUCGCCGGCGGCGGGUGCAGUGUCAGUCCGAGGCCGGCAGUCAGGCCGACCACCACUGCCCGCCGGCCGAGCGGCCGGAGGAGACGGAACCAUGCCACCAGCCGGCCUGUCCCACCGAGCCACUGCCCGUGGCGGCGGCGCUGCGCAGCGAACGCAGGCCCGUCGGACAGCCCUUCAAGUGGGAGGUGGCUGCCUGGUCCAAGUGUUCGGCCAGCUGCGGUGUCGGCGUGCGCACGCGCGCUGUGGUGUGCGUGGCGCGUGCAAGUGGUGCGCCCGUGCCGCGCGGACUGUGCGCCGGCAGGCGGCCGCGCCACAAACGUCGCUGCCGCGUCAGACGCUGCUCGCACUCCUGGGUGGCCGCCGGCUGGGGCAAGUGUUCCAGGUCGUGCGGCGCCGGUGUUCAGCACCGCCCGGUGACCUGUCGCCGGGCCGGGGCUGCGGACGGUCCGGCGGCGCCCGACUCCGCCUGUCCACAGGGCGAGCGGCCGCCGGCCAGCCGCCGCUGUUACCGCGCCUGCCACCACCAGUUCCGCUGGCGCCCCGAGCACUGGACCAAGUGCUCGAGAACCUGCGGCCCGGAUGGGUUCCGCUAUCGUAAGGUGCGCUGUGUCGACCUUUCUGGGAAGCUUGUACACCGGAGAAAGUGCGCCCGCACCAAACGGCCCACCCGUCGGCGCCGCUGCAACCGGAGGCCCUGCGGCCCCACCAGCUGUGCUGAGGUUCGGUCACGGUCACAUCACGCCAAUGACGGCAACUACCAGCUGUUCAUCGGAGGCCGAAACGUCACCAUCUACUGUCACGAUAUGAACGGGCCCGAGCCGGUCGAGUUUAUCACCCUGCCCGUGGAGAAACACCGGCGCCGACACUCCAACUUUGCCGAGAUCGACCCCAAACGUCUGAUCCAGGCCCACACGUGUCCCUACAACGGCAGCCGGGUGCGUCCGGCGCGCUGUGACCUCUGCGUUCGCUCGCGCAGUUCACACGCCGGACUGACUGUGUUCAAACGGGUCAGGCUCAACACCACUUCGCUGCACAUCAUGCCGUGGGACUUUACGUUCUCGCGGCAGCUGCGCGGCCGGCGGGUGAAUUUCGGCGAGGCGGGCGACUGCUACUCGACAGCGGGCUGCCCCCAGGGCCGGUUCAGCAUUAACCUGGCCGGCACCGGGUUCCGACUGGCCAGCGGCCUUACUUGGGUCGGAGUCGGCAGGGAGCCGAGCGUGCACGUCAACAUCGACCAGUCGAGGACUUCGGUGCAAGGCCGGUGCGGGGGCUACUGCGGCACCUGUCAGGCCAGCUCUGCACCAGACGGCAUUCGGUUGGAGCUGGCGCCGUCCUGAGCGACGUCAUCUCCCGCCGGCCGUCGGUUGCGUCGGCGGAGCCCAUCAUGUAUUGGUAUCAUGGAUGCAUCACACAUGGAUCAUGCGUCGUACAUCGACUGGUGCUAGUCAAUCAUCGCUCUCGGCUCGCGUGGGAUGGCCCGUCGGGGCCUGUUGAUCGGCCAGCCCGGUCAUAUACAGCUACGAAGACCCGAGGACUCGAGUGCCAUAGCCCAUAUCACACCGUGAAUGGAGUGCUAUGGACAGAACUUAGGUUCAACGGCCAUCGAAAUGAAGGCAAUACACAAGUGCCACAUUGACUGAGCCCAUGGGCAUGUUGAUUUUGAAUCUCACUGCAAUGGGCGUUUUGUGUUGGUGACGAUGAUUUAGUGCGUCUGUUUAGUUGGCAGCUGGUGUGGUCUUUGGACUGCGUUCACGCUGCUAUUGUGACGUCAUAUGGUGACGUCACAUGACUGCCAUUUUGUCUCUGGCUACUUUGUUGACUUUAUAUGCUUAUGCUUUUAGUGUGGUACGCUGCUUGACCGUCUACCGUAGUGAAACGCGUUUCGUUACACAUUUUAUUUGUUAAAUGCGGAUCAUUCAUUUGUGCGAGUGCCAUCGGAUGCGGUUCUUUCCAGCUUGUAGCUGAAGCGCAAACACUGCCUUUUUGGCAAUGGUACCUUUUUACCAGCGACGCUUUUGGCGUCACCGGCUUUUUUUGUGAGGUGCCAAGUGGAAAGGUGUCUUUAUAUUUUUAAGUUUGUGUGGUGUUUAUGUUACAACAAAACGAGGACCGCUUGCUAAUCCCUGCUAUCUUAGGUAUUUAUGGAGAAUCAUCUAAGAUAAUCUUGAUAAUCUUUUUAGAUGAUAUCGUUGCAACGUAUCCUGAUGCUGCCUUACUCCACUUCUGGGGACGUUUAGUGUAGAUCCGCUCUGUUGUCCAUGUUUGGAAUUAUAUCAUCUUCCAGCCUAUCCAGUACUGAAGCAUCUCGACCCAUUACUAUGUAAAUAUCAGCAAUGUGUUCAUCCCUGAGCGGACUGAAUGCCCGAGCUGCUGCCAUUCGAAGUGCCAAAUAGCGUGCGGCGCCCUCUCAUCUGCGCUAACGGACGCCAGUGUGUCUCGUAGGGUGCCUGUGUUUCCGUGUCACUCAGCAGCCUGUGGUCCCGUUGUGGGGGACCCGGCUGUAAUACCACCGACCGACCGACUGCCAUCCGCUGCUGCCUCCGACUGGCGCUGGAACCGGACGGCAACGCGUCCUAACCCACCAAGAAGCAGCGAUCCUGUCUGCGCUACGUACCCCUGCCACGAACUGCGCUUCGUUACGUAUCCCUGCCACGUCCCACUGCCACAGAAUCAGUGCUGAACAGUUCUCCGCGCCGACAGACCCACCCGAGCCAGCGCACUCAAUGGAGAUAUGAGCAGCUACUCUGGUCGAUAACUCGUCCCCGUUGACUGCUGGGCGGAUGGAGUGUGGUUUGGCCGGCGUUGCGGCCAAUGGUGAAGUACGAGUACAGUCCUACCGUACAAAGUUGCCUGCCACUCAACUGCCACUUUCUUUGUGUUCUGUUUCCCCUAGACUUACGCCGAUUCGAGUCUCUAUUGAGUCUCCGUGUCUGUGCUAUCUGACCUGAGUGAUCUGAGCUUUUGUGAAGCGGUGCUAUGCCACACAGACGAACGCGAAAUUGUCGUGAUGCAGCUGAAUACAAACCGACUCGUAA